AAUCGAUCCGAUAAUGGCUGCUAUUUUCUAAUUAUUUAUUCGUAAUUAUCUUAUAUACAAUUUCUGGAAUCAUUCUAUACACCAAGACCCUAAGAUAGCUCCUGGUAUCUCCUUUUGUCAAUCUUUAACCAGGUUUCACACUAGGUUGUCCUACGUUCGGGAUGAUUCAACAGUUUCAAAUAGAAAAAUUUAUUUAUCUCAACAAAUGGUUUCUGAACAUUGUUGGCCUAUAUCCACAGAAAUCGUGGAGAUUUGUUACAUCAUUAUUUUGCAUGUUGCUUCUUGUGAUACCGCAGUUUGUGCAGAUUUAUUUAUUCUGUACUGAUCUGUCAGUGAUACUUGAGACGAGUUCGGUUUUAUUCACAAUUCUGUUAGCGAUGCUAAAAGGCGCCGUGUGGAUAUUCAAUGGUAAAUCUAUGGAGGACUUAGUGGGAUUUUUAUUUAAUGAGUAUUGGAAGAUAAUAGAGUCUUUUGACAAUUCUAAGACUCUUGUGAAAUAUGCUGGGUACUAUAUCUGUGUAUAUUAUUCUUAUGCUAUAUAUAUUUUUUGUUUCUCUUGGAUUUUUCAUUGGAAAGAUAUUUCUGGUUUUAGAUACGCUAAUAAGAUGACCAAGGGUUAUACGUUUUUAAUAAUAAACGCUUUACUAUUUUUCUUCAGUUUACCACCCAUUGAGAUACUCAUACUAAAAUUUAAUGGCACUUAUAAGAGCAGUGAUAAGCAUUUUCCAUUCCCUGCGACUUAUCCAGACUUUCUUAAGGAGUUUCCAUAUUUUCAGAUUGUUUAUUUCUCACAAAUUAUUGCUACAAUGACUUGUGCUUUGGUGAUACUUGCCACUGACACUUUAAUAGCAACCGCGUUGUUUCACACUUGCGGUCAGUUUGUUGUUAUACAACAAAAACUAGAACUUCUCAGCAGUAACGACGGACAUGAGACGGGUGAAAUGAUCAAGAGGAAAAUAAUAUUAAUAGUGAAGCAUCAUCAAAUGGUGAUAGGGUUUUCGAAGAAAAUGGAAAGGGUAUUUAGUCCCAUGAUGUUUCUUCAAGUAUUUGCAAGCAGCAUGAUAAUUUGUCUUGUCGGACUACAAGUUAGCACAACAUUUACCAACCAGUACAAAUUAGUCAAGUAUUUUUCGUACUUGCUAAUGGCGUUGUUCCAGUUGCUACUUUUUUGCUGGCCAGGUGAUCAAUUGUUAUUGCAAAGUGGCAAAGUAUGUCAGUCCGCAUACUUUACAAAGUGGUACCAGUUUGGUAAGGAACGGAGAGGUGAAAUACAGUUGAUGUUGUUACGUAGUCAGAAGCUAAUUGGUAUAACAGCUGGCAAGUUUUACUUGAUGAGCUUAGAAAAUUUUAAUGUAAUAUUGAGUACCUCCAUGUCGUACUUUAUGGUGCUCAGGAGUUUCAACUCAUCGGAGGGUAAAUAAAAUUUUUCUGACCAAACAAAAGGACUGUCAAAAUCAUGGUUACUAAAGGAUCGUAAACGAAUGGAGUAAGGAUACUAAGCAAUGUAGUAGCUUGCUGCCUCAGGACGCGCAUUGUAGUCUGACAGGACCUUCUAAAUGGACCUUCGUAUUUCAAAGGACCCAUAGCAUCUACCAUAUUUUGCGUUAAACGGAAGGGCACUCGUUCUGGCCAGUCGAAGUACUCACCCUUAACAAAAAAUAUGUACAAGAGUCAGAAACAGUUGAUUAAUUAACACGUAAUUACUUUUAAUAAUUACCCGAUUAAAUAAACAGUUGUAAUCCA